UAUCUCGAGGUGUCUUCAGAGUUGAUAGGAAAGAAGAGCGGAAAUUGCACUGGAUUCGGACUGGUCAUCGACGCUCGGCCUGAGUUCACACUUGCUCAUACGCGUAUAACGCCCUGUUGAUGGCUAGUUGUCGACAGGCUCCCCGCGAACGCGCUUCAUUUAUGUUUUUUCUUCUGUAGAGUUCCUGUCUCAUUGGCGUCUUAUUUCUCUAAAUUGUCUUGCUCAUCGCCACGUGCAUAUCGUUCUGCGCGAAUUGCGACUCUGUCUCGAGAGGUGUCGCUGCGUACCUCGCCACCGGCGAUUUGUUUCUCCACACACGCUUAGUAUGAAGGUGAAAUCGACUAGACUGAACAGAAAAAAGGGGGCAGCUCCCCUCGAAUCUUCUCGGCCUCCGCGAAAGGAAGCAUUUCGCGUUGGAAGUCUGCUUGGGUCCCCGUCCCGCGAAACUGAGACCAAAACCACCCCUAGACAGAGCUACGCCGACGUCGCGCGGUGUGCGGGAAGUCCGGGGAGCAUCGGCGAUGAGUCGUCACCUUCUUGUACGUUGCUGCAGAAAGUCUCAAGGCGACAAUUCGGAUCUAUGAAAGGCCAGCGAGACGAACCCAGAGACUCUGGAAACUUGGACCUCCCCUGUGUGCCGCCGCUGACCUACGCAGACAUCGUCAAACGGCCGCAGUCCCCUGGGAUCACUUGCGAGGAGCUUGCGGUUUCAACAGGACAGACGAGAACAAAGAGCUACGCCGAGGUCCUGGCUCUCUCCAAGGUUGAGGAUGAGACAGAGAGGGCGACGGAACUUUGUUCUGCAGUUCGCUUGCCUCGAAAACGCGGUCCCGAAGAAUUCCGCGAGCCUCGCCUCCGAUCGACGCACAUCAAACCGAGCGCGGUUGCGCGACAUCAGCCGAGUUUUCUCUCCAGGGAAAGGAAUGGCGGCCGUCUCUGCGACGCAGACUCUGAGUCCUCGCUCUUGGAGCAGCAUCCCGUCCUUCUUAGCUCUCGGAGUCGACGAAACCGAAAGCGCGCGAGCGUGUCACGGUGUUGCUCAGGCGUCGACAAAGCGCACGGGAACACUUCCGGUACAAAGACGCAGAGAAUCGGGGAGAGUGCUCAAACCUGGCCGCAUUACCGAGCUUUCCUCGACGAUACUUCAGCCGUUAUCAACGCGAGAUUGGCCACAGGACUCGCCUGUUGCCUCCUCAGUCCUCGCCACCAGUCCCCCGAGGACCACACACAUCGCGGACUCACAAGCAGACGCUUGCCCGUUGAAGAAAAACCGUGGCUUUCCUCGGAGGCAUUCUCUGGUGAGCCGUCUUUCGACGGCAGUACGUGGACGAGCUAUUUAGCAGAUCCCUCCCAAAGGGUACAUCCCGCGACUUGUUUUGACAGUCUUACUGCGGGAGAAUGGCAAGCAGCUGUUGCCAUUUCGAUGCAUCUCUACGCAUUGCACGAUCAGUGCGUUACCUAUCAAAAGCGCAGUUUUGUCUGUGUUCCUUAACGCCGCAGCUCACUGGCUGUGAUCGUGGGGGAAGGAACACAGAAAGGACAGGAAUUCUUCCCUUCCACGAGGAAUGCGGUGCUCGUGUCUUCCAAAUCGUGGAUUCGAGUUGAUCAGAGUCGUGGUACGGAGCGGCAACUCAAAACCACAACUGGGAUAGAGACCCGUGUGACCAUCUUGUCGCUCUGCGCACAGGCGUUACGCGUUUGCUUCCUUCAUUUUCCUCAGCUGCCAGGAACAUCAGAGUGGGACUCGCAGUGUUGUUCGGGUGAGUGACAGUCUGAGGACACUUGAUUUUUUGGCUACUCUUUUUGCAUCGUCCCUGUUGUCGGCUGCCAAGCUCAUUUCUAGGCAAUGCGACCGGUAU